AGCGAUACAGGCCCUCUGGGCCUCUUGUUUGUUUGUAGCCAAAGAACCAGAAAUUUUCAUGCAUCAGGACAAAUAUGUGACAAACGAAGGUUCUGCAGCAUUUAUAGUAUGUAAAGUUGAUCCUGAACCAGACAGUAUCGAAUGGAAAAGAGACAAACUCAAACGUCGACCACUGAGGAAAAGAGUUCUUAUUGACAAUCAUAAAUACUUUUCUGGCAAGGAAGCACCUACACUUGUGAUAAGAAAUCCAGAAAAACUAAUGGAUGAAGGUUACUACCAAUGUAUGGCAGUAGGAAAUGGGAAACCAGUGAAUGGAGAUGUUGUACAACUCAAAGUGCACACAGUUGCUUCUGUCGACCAAGAUAGCCAGAUGUCAGCUGAACAAAAUUGUUUAAACAGACAAAAGUCAAAAAGAGUUAAUUUUGCCGAAAAGCCAGUGCCGAAAGCCAUGCAUGCUUCUGUCGACCAAGGUAGCCAGAUGUCGUUUAAAAUACCACAAGACAUUGAUUUAAAGAGACGAAAGUCAAAAGAAGAUGUUUCUGAUGAAUUUGAAAGAGUUACUCGGGCCAAAAAACGAGCGAAGACAGGAGAAUUUGUAAAAGGAAGCGUAAUAAUAUGUAUAGAUAUAUCGCCUGCCAGUAAUUCAUCAGAACCAUCUUCGUUACAUCUGGCUGAAGAGUUCAAACAUUAUCUGUUAGAUGGUGGAACUAUUCAAUUAACUGACGAAUCACAAACAGUGUUACAUGUAGACAAAGAAGCUAGUUUCAAGAUAACACCACAAGCUGCUGCUAAAGAUGGUUUUCCGUAUGUGAACAUCAGCCAUGGUGAGUUCACUGUUCCCGUCGAGAAAACAGCCAUCAUCCAAACCUACGUCAUAGCAUCACCAGAGGCUACUUCAAUUCAGUGGUAUAAAGUAGAAAAUGAUAACCGCACUCCAAUAGAAAUAGAAAACGAAAGAUACUUUGCAGGCUCUAUCAUUUCCCCCACAUUAAUUAUCCGUGAGACAAACACUGAUGAUCAAGGACAGUACCAGUGCUCAGCUACCAAUAGUAAAGGAACUGGUUGGAGCAACAUGUCGGUUCUGUCCGUACAACCUGGUACUGUUGCUGUCAUGGAAGACGUUACUACUGUGAGUGAAGACGUCACUGCUGUGAAGGAAGACGUUACUACUGUGAGUGAAGACUUCUCUGCUGUGAAGGAAGACGUUACUACUGUGAGUGAAGACGUCACUGCUGUGAAGCAAGACAUUACUGCUGUGAAGCAAGACGUCACUGCUGUGAGUGAAGACGUUACUGCUGUGAGUGAAGAUGUCACUGCUGUGAAGCAAGAAGUAACUGCUGUGAGUGAAGACGUCACUGCUGUGAAGCAAGAAGUAACUGCUAUGAGUGAAGACGUCACUGCUGUGAAGCAAGAAGUAACUACUGUGAGUGAAGACGUCACUGCUGUGAAGCAAGACGUUACUGCUGUGAGUGAUGACUUCACUGCUGUGAACGAAGACGUUACUACUGUGAGUGAAGACUUCUCUGCUGUGAAGCAAGACAUUACUGCUGUGAGUGAAGACGUUACUGCUGUGAGUGAAAAUGUCACUGCUGUGAAGCAAGAAGUAACUAUUGUGAGUGAAGACGUCACCACUGUGAAGCAAGACGUUACUGCUGUGAGUGAAGACGUCACUGCUGUGAAGCAAGAAGUAACUAUUGUGAGUGAAGACGUCACCACUGUGAAGCAAGACGUUACUGCUGUGAGUGAAGACGUCACUGCUGUGAAGCAAGAAGCAACUACUGUGAGUGAAGACGUCACUGCUGUGAAGCAAGACAUUACUGCUGUGAGUGAAGACGUCACUGCUGUGAAGGAAGAAGUAACUACUGUGAAUGAAGACGUCACUGCUGUGAAGCAAGAAGUAACUACUGUGAGUGAAGACGUCACUGCUGUGAAGCAAGAAGUAACUACUGUGAGUGAAGACGUCACUGCUGUGAAGCAAGAAGUAACUACUGUGAGUGAAGACGUCACUGCUGUGAUGGAAGACGUUACUGCUGUGAGUGAAGACGUCACUGCUGUGAUGGAAGACGUUACUGCUGUGAGUGAAGACGUCACUGCUGUGAAGCAAGAAGUUGCUGAUUGGGACACUGUUGAUGCUGUGAGUGGUGACGUUGAUGCUGUGAAGAAAGAUGCCAGUGACAUGAGACAAACUUCAGCCCAAAAUGGAGGAAGGGGUCCUAAGUUGACGGCUAUGAUAGAUAUAACAAAUUCUACAAUACAUACAGAAAUAGAUAGCUUUUUUCGUCAUACCAAAAGUCUCCAAGAUGCCUUUCAAAAACUUGUGGAGAACAAGAUCGUUAUAAUCCAGGGAAACUCGGGGGACGGGAAAUCAUCUACUGCACUUGAACUUCUCCGUUUGCUGUGCUGUAAUGAAGAGCAGGGGCAACAUAAACAUCGUCGACAACCACUACAACUACACGACAUAAAAGACAUGGAUUGGGUGUCACCAAAGUCACAAUUAGUUGUUUAUUUUGAUGACAUCUUUGGAAAGAAUGUUGUGUGUUUGGAAGAUGUGAAAGAAUGGGAGAAACGAGAAAAAGAAAUUAUUGCAAAACUUUGUGGAAAUGAAUCUGAGGCCAAUUAUCUGGUCAUUACAAUUCGUAGUGGAAUUUUUAAUUCUUUAAGUGGCCUUGGAAAAUUAUUUACCAAAGAAAACAUUGUUGACCUUAGCCAGUACAAAGAAGAAAAAGAAAAACUUGCAUUAUUAAGGUUGUAUGAACCAAAAACUGAAUUUGUUAAAUGGACAGAUGAUGAGGAGAAACAGAUUGUGGCCUCGGCCCCAGACAUUGGGUUUCCACAGUGUUGUAGAUUAUUUAGGGACACACCUAGUUUACAAACAGAGAGAGUCAAAUUCUUUGAAAGACCUUUGUAUUAUUUUAAAUCCUCUUUAUCUAAAUUAGAAGACGGGAAAUUUCAUGGUCUGCUGUAUCUGUUUCUCAAUGGCGGCUCAGUUCGAGAACAUGAUUUAGACCCUUCUAUUGAAAAUAUUGAGGAAAAUGAGAAAAUGAUAGCAACAUUUGCUUUUGAUGUAGUAAAAGUUAACCUAACACCUGAGCUUAUUUACAAAAAAAAUAAAAAGAAAGCUGCAUUUGUAAAGAAGUCAUUAGAAUGCCUUUUGGGUUGGCUGGUGAGAAAAGAAUCUACACCGUGGGGAAAAUGUUCCUCUUACAAAUUCAACCACGACUCCAUUGAGGAAACAGUGGCACUUCUGUAUGGAGAGAAAACUCCCAUUGGCUACAUACAGAAUUGUCCCAUAAAGUUCCUCAGUUAUGUAACUACAACAAAAAACACCCCAAACAGAAUAGUUAUAUCAUCUGAUUAUCAAACCAAUGCCAUGUAUAAACGUAUAGUGACAGAGUGUGAAUCUGUUGAUUUAGCUACAUUAGACGUAUGGACAGACACCCUGUUUUUACAGGGAUUUUUCAGAUGGCUUAGAGGUCAGAAUGAUGACAAAAACUUAAACCAUCUGAUAAAAUGUUCCUUGUUAAAUGGAGCAUGCUCUGCUGGUUUAGAAGAUCGUGUCUCAUUUCUCCUUUCUGUGGGUGUCAAACCUGACAAUGAUACACCGUUUUGUGUAGUGAAGGGUGGGAGUGUACAACUACUGACACAAAUACUAAAGUAUGACGUCAUUCCUACAGCGAGGGCGCGCGAGUCACGAUCAUCACAUCGUGCUUACAAUAUCAAUGUCCUACACGAGGCGUGUUUGUUUGAGAGAGAAGUGAUGGUGACCAUAUUGUGUGAUACUUACCCACACUUGGUACAUGAGACUGAUGACUUGAGACAAAGCACGCUCCAUCUUGUGGCACGGACAGGAAGCGUUGGUCUAUUUCAGGCAGUGGAGAGAACGAUACUUAAAUCCUUGUGUAGAGUUGAGGAUGUACAACAUAAGUGUGAGACAGAAGAUGGUCGUGUGGUACAUAGGAGUUGUGUGUGUGGACAGUAUAUGUCACAGUUAGUGGACAGGUACGGGCAUACAAUAUUGCAUUAUAGUUGUAUGAGGGGACACAGGGAGCUUAGUUUAGAGCUGUGUAAGUUGUAUCCAGCACUAACCACAGCUGUAGAUACGUACAGGUGUACAAUAUUACAUUAUAGUUGUAUGUAUGGACACAGGGAGCUUAGUUUAGAGCUGUGUAAGUUGUAUCCAGCACUAACUACAGCUGUAGAUAACGACGGGAAGACAAUACUACAUUAUAGUUGUAUGGAGGGACACAGGGAGCUUAGUUUAGAGCUGUUUAAGUUGUAUCCAGCACUAACUACAGCUGUAGAUAACUACGAGCGUACAGUAUUACAUUAUAGUUGUAUGAGGGGAGACAGGGAGCUUAGUUUAGAGCUGUGUAAGUUGUAUCCAGCACUAACUACAGCUGUAGAUAUGUACGGGUGUACAAUAUCACAUAAUAGUUGCAUGUAUGGACACAGGGAGCUUAGUUUAGAGCUGUUUAAGUUGUAUCCAGCACUAACUACAGCUGUAGAUAACGACGGGAAGACAAUACUACAUUAUAGUUGUAUGGAGGGACACAGGGAGCUUAGUUUAGAGCUGUGUAAAUUGUAUCCAGCACUAACCAUAGUUGUAGAUAACUACGGGUGGAGAAUAUUACAUUAUAGUUGUAUGAGGGGACACAGGGAGCUUAGUUUAGAGCUGUGUCAGUUGUAUCCAGCACUAACCACAGCUGUAGAUAACGACGGGAAGACAAUAUUACAUUAUAGUUGUAUGUCGGGACACAGGGGGCUUAGUUUAGAGCUGUGUACGUUGUAUCCAGCACUAACUACAUCUGUAGAUAACGACGGGAAGUCAAUGUUACAUUGUAGUUAUAUGUAUGGAGACAAUGAGCUUAGUUUAGAGCUGUGUCAGUUGUAUCAAGCACUAACUACAGCUGUAGAUAACGACGGGAAGACAAUACUACAUUAUAGUUGUAUGAGGGGAGACAGGGAGCUUAGUUUAGAGCUGUGUCAGUUGUAUCAAGCACUAACUACAGCUGUAGAUAACGACGGGAAGACAAUACUACAUUAUAGUUGUAUGAGGGGAGACAGGGAGCUUAGUUUAGAGCUGUGUAAGUUGUAUCCAGCACUAACUACAGCUGUAGAUAACGACGGGAAGACAAUACUACAUUAUAGUUGUAUGAGGGGAGACAGGGAGCUUAGUUUAGAGCUGUGUAAGUUGUAUCCAGCACUUACCACAGCUGUAACUAAUGACAGGAAGACAAUAUUACAUUAUAGUUUUGAGAGUGGACACAGGGAGCUUAGUUUAUACCUGUGUAAGUUGUAUCCAGAACUAACUACAGCUGUAGAUAACUACGGGAAGACAAUAUUACAUUAUAGUUGUAGUGAGGGACACAGGGAGCUUAGUUUAGAGCUGUGUAAGUUGUAUCCAGCACUAACUACAGCUGUAGAUAUCCGUGGGUACCAUUGUCUACAUCACAUAGCCAGGUGGACAUCAGAUGUAGAUAUGUUCACUAAGUGUGAAUGUAUCGUAAAACAGUACAUAGAGACAACAGGGGGUAAGUAUGACAUCACGACCAUACUUACUAAUGACAGUAAAUCUGUUUUAGACCUGGCAAUGGAACGGACAGAGGUUGGGUUAGAUAACCCAUUGUUUGACCAUCUUCUCACAGUGUUUACUAAAUAAAAGAAGUAAAUAUUUAUACUUCUGUUACUUGUGUAACAUGUUGACAGUUGUAGAAGUUUUCUUCGGCGAUGGGGACGUCCUAAGGUAGGUCCGAGUGAAAGGAAAAUGGUGAUACUAAUAACCGCCUGGUAGAGCCCAACACAGACUGGAGGGUAGGGUAGGGCCCAACACAGACUGGAGGGUAGGGUAGGGCCCAACACAGACUGGAGGGUAGGGUAGGGCCAAACACAG